AUGGAGCACAAUUACGAGGGCGCAAGAAUCACGCUUGUUCAUGACUGCUAUAUUCGGAGGUGGAAAUGGGUGGAUGCCGAGACUGCGUGUCUUGCCAUAAUCCUCUCCCCAUGGUUUAGUCGCGGGUGGACUGUAUUGGAAUUAGCAAGGUCUACUAGAGUUAAAGUGAUCUUCAAUGGUAAUGUGAUCAAGGAUCUAGAUGAAGAUAUCCUGUCCAGUUCAGGAAGUGAUUCCGCCUGCCAUCGAGUCGCUACAGAUGGAUACAGCAUUACACAUGGCGUCCUCCUUGACUCACUUGGGGAUCGUACAGGCCCUUGUACACCAUGGGGCAAACGUCUGUGUGAUCCAUCCGCACUUCACUAUGCAGUGAAAAGGAAUUACCACAAAGUGGCAUCGGCGUUGACUCUCAGUGGAGAAGAAGAUAUUUUUGUAACGGAUGAGAAUGGCACGACGGUAAUCUCCUUGGCAGUUGCCAAAAUGGCCAAGUUCGUGGUAUACGCGCUUGCUUAUAAGUAUGGUGAAACUAUCUGGAAAUCCAAGCAAGCAGAGCAGGGCCUCCAGCAGGCGGCAUAUAAUUCGGGUAGACCACUAGACAUCUAUACAAUUCAGUUGGGAGGCGUUUGGGAGGAUCUAUUAGGGGCAACGUUCUCUGACUCUUGGGCAGCGGUAAUGCAUCUUGAACAGGCAUCCACAUUAACGGAUAAUCCUCAGAUGCAGGCGCUGCUUGAAGCGAAGCUUUCUCAGGAUCAGUUGACCCCUUUGCACCUACAUCGGAUGACUAUAGGAAUGUUAGAACCGCAUGUGCGGCAAUGGAUCUCUAAAUACAGGUCACCAGAUGGGCAGUAUCUUCUCGAAGACGAGGAUGAGGAUAAGGAUGAGAACGAAGAUGGAGAGGAAGAGGAAGACUCAAGCUCGGAGUCAGACUUGUACAAAUCAAGAUGGAGACGGGGAAGACGGGAAGACUCAGAAGAUGACUUCAAUUCUGAGUAA